AUGCCGGUAUCAUGUGGGGACAGGGCAACAAGAAAAUGUCCGCGAAAGGCAGCAACGCCAACAUCUGCUCAAAAGUUCUUUGAGAAAACCACUGCGCAGGACACGUACAAAUGGCCGAAGUUAACGAAGAAUUAUUUUGGGACGGUUGUUAACCUCAAUACACAGCCGAGUCAAGUGGAGUGCCUUUUACACCCGAAUAAGGUUGGAGAGAAGGCUUCGACAACAUAUGAGCAGGGCUUUGUGAGACACAAGGUUCAGCCCCGUUCACAAACGGCUCCGGCAUCGCAGUUAGAAAGGCAUGUAGAGGGUCGUACUGAGAAAAGCACAACUACUUAUGAAGAUAUGCACUCCCUAGUAACGAGGGCUAUUCGUCGUCAUGAAGUGGAGCGUGUACCUCUUAUGAGACCUGUCGAACCCAAGUGGAGAGUUUCAGUUUUUGAGGGCAUUUCAGAAUAUAAGGAGUCGUUUCCAAAACUAAAGAUUGUGACGGAUCCAGUUUCGCCAAGACGUGCAUGUGUACACACAUUUCCAUUUAGAGGGACAUCUACUAUGAAAAAAGAUUAUACUUUUAAGCGACCGAUUCCUUGCACACCCAUCCCCAAGACAAAAGCGAGGUUAAUGCCUGAGACUCGUGACUUCCGUACGACAUACCGUUCCUCACACAGGAAACCACCAUACCCCGAAUUAUCUCCGUUUGCAGUUUGCAUUAGACCGUGGGCAUUCAAACGCAAUUGA